GAUCGGGAACUUCUGUUACUGCAGGCAGGGACAAUGAGAAAUACAGCACCCUGUAGGAACACUAAAUAUUAUUUUUUGUUGUCACGGUAGCUGCAGUUAAGAUUUGGCUGAGUUCUUUCAUUCAGCUCUUAGAAAAAUCGUUACAUGAUUGCCAUGACUUAAAAACACUGAGGUGUUUUCACCAAGCGUCUCUGAAAGUUGUCAGGCACAGCACUUGUAUGGCUUGAGCACUGGUGGAAAUGUUGGGGUGUGAGCUGAUGGGUUCCAGCGUUGCUGCCUUUGUGAGUAAAAGUCAUGGUGUUUACCUGUAUCGUGGCGUAAACCACCACCUGACUGCUUAGUUUAAGAUCUAGCUUCAGAGCAAAUAACUUCUGAGGUGAGUGAGGUUAUUCAUAUAAAUGUUUAGAGAAUGCACCAGGACGGACUUGACUGCUGUGUCCAUAGACACUUCUGAAGGACCACUAUCGACAUGGUCCCACAGCCAGUUAAGUCUGCAAAUGCUUUCUGCAUAGUAUGGUUCUGCUGGCCAGCUGCAUGCUACACGAUGGUGGAUUCACAGGCUGGUUUGGGGAAUGAGGCUCUGCAGUUAUCCUACCUGAUCACAUAAGGUUUUAGUCCACAGGUGCAGGGUUUCCAUCAGAUCUAACAUAGGUCACUUAUUUAUCAGUGAGUUUUAAGUUACCAGAAACCCCACGGAAAUAUUCUGUCGGUCUGACCUACUGUUCUUGUUCCCCUUUCUAUUUUUGUUGGUUUUACUUUCCAACUUUGACUCUCAGUUACUAAUAUUUCAUUUCCUUUGUCCUUUCUGAACUCUGUCUUGCUGGCAGCUAUGACCUUUUCAGAAGAUGUGUGUGCGUGUGAUUUUUGUAUGUGUAGUUGGUACUUCCAGCUUGCUCAAACAUUGCACUCAGUUGUGAGAAAUGAGGAAAUAAAAUGAGUAGCUUGCCUUUUGUGUUCCACGUGUCUUGUGUUUGGCUCUUGAAGUUCGUAUUUUCAAACUUUGAGGUCCAGAAAUCAAUGGAUUUCUUUCAAAGAGCUGAAAGUCUUCUGUUACAGGAUCCCACAGACUGGAGGAUUUCAUUGUUUUGUUUUGUUUGUUUUUCACCUUUUUCUUCUUAUCCUGAUCUUCUGCCAUUUAAAUUCUUCUGGACAGAUCUGUGCAGCCUUAUUGACCUGUGAAAUAGCACGUACACUCAGUUGCUGAAAUGAGCCUUUAAGAGUACCCGUAUGAAAGAAAAGAGGAAAAGGCACACCAUGUCCAUGCUCUGUGAUCUGCUCUCCUUGUAAAGUGUCAGCACGCCUGUUCUUCAUGUGUAUUCAUACCCAUCUUGACUGCUAGGUGUUGCACCAUCCAGAGAUGCUGGAAUAAAGAACAAGCCAAUGUCUGGAACGUGCUUCUUUGAAAGACUGUGAGCAGUCUGUGCUCUGGUGCAGGAGUAAGCCAAGGUGCUAACUGCUGAUAGCUGAGUGAGCUCUGGCAGCUUGCCCCCAAGGGCUGUGGAGAUGAAGCUGCUUUUCAUGCUCACAUCAUACACCUCUCUGCAAAAUCUUGGGAAAUGGGAAGCUCAUGAAAAGAACCAGAAAUGUGCCUAGCGAAUCAGAAGUAUCCUGCACCAGACUGUAGUUGUUAGGCAUGUUCCCAGAUGUAAGCUGUUAAGAUCUGCAUGAGCUUAUGUGGCACUUCCCUGUACAUACAUGAUGAGGCUCCUGUCUUCAGUCUUUCUCAAGCCAGGAGCUUUCCAAUUUCAGACCUGGUUUCUGUGUAUUGAAUAGCCCCGGUGGUUGCUCUUCCAUGAAGGAUUUCUUUUCCCCUUUCAUUUCCCCCCUGCCUUGGUGAGCUAAAUUGCAGUUUGGAUCUUACAUGCUUUGCCAUACAAAACAAAUGUCACUUGUUCUGCAGCACCUCAUUUGGAAAGAUUGCAGUGAUUCUUAAAUAACAUUUACAUUAUGAUUAAUAAUCCCAGUCCCUUGUGAGGCAGUUCUGACGGGCAAAGGAGUCCAGGAAGGCUGGAUGCUCUUCCAGAAGGAAAUCCUAAAGGCAGAGGAGCAGGCUGACUGUAUGUGCUGAAAGAUGAGCCAGCAGGGAAGAAGUCUGGCCUGGCUGAACAGAGCUCUGGCUAGAGAUCAGCACAAGAAAGAGAGUUUAUAGCCUUUGGAAGAAGGAGCAGACCACUCAGGAGGACUACAAAGAUGAUGUGAGGCUGUGCAGGGACCAAAUUAGAAGGGCCAAAGCGCAUCUGGCUACUGCCAUUAAAGCCAAUAAAAGAUGCUUCUAUAAAUAGAUAAACAAGAAAAGGAGCACUGAGGAGAAACUCGAUCCUUUAUUGGAUGUGGGGGGAAGCACAGCAAGGAGAUGAAAAGGCUGAGGAACUUAAUGCCUUCUUUGCCUUGGUCUUUAGCAGCAUGACCACUUGUUGUCUGGGUACUCAGCCCCCAAGGUGGUAGAUAGGGGUGGGAGCAGAACUGAAGCCCUCAUAAUCCAGGAGGGAGCUGGGGGUGCUUAGUCUGGGGAGGAGGAGGCUUAGGGAGACCGUAUCAUGCUCUACAACUACUUGAAAGGAGGUUGUGGUGAGGUUGGUAUCAGUCUGUUCUCCCAAGCAGCAGGUGACAGGAUGAGAGGAGCUGGCCUCAAGUUGCACCAGGGGAGGUUUGGGUUGGAAAUUAGGAAAAACUUCUUCAUGGAAAACGUUGUGAAGCGUUGGAACAGGCUGCGCAGGGAGGUGGUUGAGUCACCAUCCCUGGAGGUAUAGAAGAGGAGGUAUAAAAGAUGUGUAGAUGUGGUGCUUAGGGGCAUGGUUUUGUGGUAGGCUUGGCAGUGCUAGGUUAACAGCUGGACUUGAUGGUCUUAGAGGUCUUUGCCAGCCUAAAUGGUUCUGUGGUUACAUGCUUUUGCUGGUUAAAAGUGAAUUAAUUGCUUGCCUUGCGUGUUCCCGGGCAUGCAGGCCCAGGGGUACCUGCUCCCAGAAGUUGGGAUGGGCAUUUGGAAAGGAUGCCGCCAGUUUUAAUGCAUUUAUUUCUUCUUUGAUCUGGUUGGCCAGUACAAACACCACUGUCGGAUGGUGAAAAGAAAUUUUAUCCCAGGCUGAUCGCUGUGCUUAGUCGUAAUGCUUUCACUCCUUUCCAUGGUGGUGCAGUCGUGUAUUGCUCCUACAGCUUUAUUAGAAAACAACAACCCUCCAGACCCACCACUGCUCCCAAAUCCUACAACUCUCCUGUAUAAACAGGGCAGCUUUCUAUUAUCUUAUCGACUGGCAUAGCAUCAGAAAAUUAACAAUACUGUAGCUCAGUUCUGGCACAACUGAAAGCUAAAUGCUGGAUCACAAGAUCCUGUGCAGGUUGGCACCGAUGCGGUUAUAUACACUAUCCAAAAGGCAUUUUGUCCUGGUCUUUGUAGUAUUCUUCAUCUGUUUUGGUUUGACAGUCUUCAUAGGAAUAGCAGGUCCUAAUGUAAUUGAAACUUCUGUAGCAAGAACUGACUUAAAUAACAGCCUAAAGCUUAAGCCUUUUAAUUUAAGUUCACCACCACUGUCUACUUACAACCAGCAACUGUGGCUGACCUGUGUAGUGGAAUUGGAUCAGCAUGAUGUGUCACUCAAAAGAAAUGUUACUAUGACAGUGAAAGUCCUCGGAGUGGUGAAGGAUGGAAGUACGCCAUAUGUUAAUAAUCAAGUUCACAACCGGACAAGGUUACUCAGCUGUGCUCAAAAAUGCAGUGAAAUCAUUGUUGCUCACCUUGGCUACUUGAACUACACUCAGUACAACAUAUUCGUUAGCUUUGAAGAUCUAAAUAAAUUAACAUACGCCAAGAAUAUCACUUUCACAUGGAAGACCUACAAUCCAACUUUUUCACAAGUAGAAAUCUGGUUCCGAUUUGUUUUUGUAGUUCUUACUUUUAUGGUCACGUGUCUGUUUGCACAUUCUCUACGAAAAUUCUCCAUGAGAGACUGGGGUAUUGAACAGAAAUGGAUGUCCAUCCUCCUUCCUCUCCUCCUCCUUUACAACGAUCCGUUUUUCCCCCUUUCUUUUCUGGUAAACAGUUGGUUUCCUGGAAUGCUGGAUGAUCUAUUCCAGUCGCUGUUUCUGUGCGCAUUGUUGUUGUUCUGGCUUUGUGUCUACCAUGGCAUAAGAGUACAGGGAGAAAGGAAGUGCUUAACUUUCUAUCUGCCCAAAUUCUUUAUCGUUGGACUCUUGUGGCUCGCCUCUGUUACAUUAGGAAUAUGGCAAACCGUCAAUGAAGUUCGUGAUCCUACAUACCAAUACAGGGUUGACACAGGUAACUUCCAGGGAAUGAAAAUCUUCUUCCUUGUGGUGGCAACCACAUACAUUCUUUACCUUUUGUUCCUGAUAGUGAGGGCAUGUUCAGAACUUCGUAACAUGCCUUAUGUUGAUCUCAGGUUAAAAUUCUUGACUGCAUUAACCUUCAUAGUGCUUGUCAUUAGCAUUGUUAUACUCUAUCUGCGCUUUGGAGCACAAGUUCUACAGGACAACUUUGUUGCUGAGCUAUCAACUCAUUAUCAGAAUUCAGCAGAAUUCUUAUCAUUUUAUGGUUUAUUGAACUUCUAUCUCUACACAUUAGCCUUCGUGUAUUCCCCCUCAAAGAAUGCACUAUAUGAAUCACAGUUGAAAGACAAUCCUGCUUUUUCUAUGUUGAACGAUUCAGAUGAUGAUGUGAUUUAUGGGAGUGACUAUGAAGAAAUGCCACUUCAGAAUGGCCAAGCUAUUAGAGCCAAAUAUAAAGAGGAAUCGGACAGUGAUUGAUUUUGAUGUCAAGAGACUUGUUCAGCUGGAAUUAAAGCAAUUAUGAAGUUUUCCUAGAAGGACCACUUCCUUGGCUUUCCUACAGUCUGCUGUUAUCCAAAUCCUGGGAAGGACAUCUUGUUUCUGUUUACAAAGUUAAAACUGGGAAAAAAAAAUGCUUGAGAAGGUUGUGGUGGAAAUUUAGGAAACCAAAAUUUAUACACAUCUUAUAAAAUGUCUGACGGCAGGAUGUCUGUGGACUAAAAUCAUUGAGUCUAAUUCAAUUUCAAGUUGUCAUUGAUUGUAUACUGAUUUUAAAAUUGCUUCUUUGCUGCUUGGUGUUUUUCUUCCCCCCUUGGGAUUAUGUGGAACAAAAUGUCUUUAAUCUCUUGCAUUUUGCUAGCUCCUUUGUAUAUUGUCCUCUGCUGUAUGAAGUGCCUCUUUUCCCUUUCAAUUUUGUACCUUAGUCAUUGCCAUUUGAACUGGAGGCAGGGAAUGAUGUGCUUUAGGUUUCUCUCUCCACCCCCCCCCCCUUUUUUUUUUUUUUUUUUUUUUUUUAAAGAAAUGCAGGAAAACACAGGCUUUCCAUUCCUUCUAACAGGUGGUGUAGACUUAAAACCAUUCUUUUAACUCAUUUAACUGGAUUUACUAGGUAUGUUCUAUGUGUGAGAUACAUGCAAGUAGUCAAGUUCUGGUGAGCCAAAAUCGUCUGUGGUCCAAAAUUAUUUGUAUAACAUAGGUUUCAUAACAUGCUUUAUCACCACAGCAAAGCUGUUUUGUUAGUUCUGUUUUGUUUUUAAACAGCCCUCUCAAAUGAAAAUAUUUGGGCAGCAACAAAUCUCAGAAGGAAGCCAGUACUUUUUUUUUUGUUUUUUUUAUGAUUGUGUGCUGGAGGAGAUUGUUACACUUACAAGAAUAUGGUACAGAGUUUCAUAGUGAAGUACAAUUUCAUAUUUCCAAACAUUUCAUUUUUAGAGGCUUUUUCUACAUCAGAAUUGUUCAUGAAGUUGUAUUAAUAGGCAGUUACCUGCUUGGCUGCUCAUGUACUGAACUUGUGUAACAGCUGAGCAUGCUCUGUGCAUAAACUUCUCUCUCACAGCACAGCUGCCACCCCUACUGCCUGAAAUUUUUACGAAUACAUUUUACGAUGAUCUGUAUUCCAGUCUGUGCUGGAAGAAUUAUACGGGAAUUCAUUAUUCCUAGUACAAUGCUGCUGCUUCUCAGUUUCAAAGCUGUUUUUAUCCUCCCACACUACUGUUCGGCUCUGUAUUUAAGCGGAUGCUAUUUGUUUCUAACUACUUCUGUGUUCUCAAGUACUUGACCUGUCUGAAAGUCUUUUUUUUUUUUUUUUUUUUUUUUCCUUUUUUAAUGGAUUCACAACUACAACUUACUCUUGUAGAAUCUCUCUGCCCUGCUGCUGUAGAAGACAGUAAGAAGUACUGUUAAUAUGUUAGGCACAAAAUGAUGCUGGCUUAUACUAGUAAAUCAUACUUAUGAUUGAACUAGUUUAAGCUGAACGGUGCAAUGAAGUCCUGCUAGACUUGCUGAAUUAUACUGCGGGGGGAAAGUAGACUUGUUCUGCUUUUGUGCAAUGGUUUUAGGCCAUUGCAACUGCAGUAACCUCCUUGUAGCUGUUCGGGAGCGUUAAAGGGAUACCUCACAGGGAGCAAUUUGCUUACAGAAGACCAAAGGAACUGCUUUAUGUGGUUGCAUCCUUGCUGUCAUAAGAAUAGUUCAGAUUAAGUCAGUGAUCUGUUAAAGACAAGUACGGUAAGAUUGUGCAUGCGUGUGUGUGGAAGCAGUGCAGACCUCUGAAUUCUUGGAGGAUAUUUGGAAUUUCAAACUUACUGUAACAGAGAUAAUUUGUUAGAAGCCAAAGCGCCAUUAUACAAUAAUGCUAAAACAAAGAGAAUGCUGGGGUGGGGGUAAAUGUCUUGAUUAAUUGGCAUCAGUUUAGAACAUACAGGAAAACCAUUACAGAGGUAUGCAAGUUUGUGGGGGUUUUGUCAGUGAACUGUACUAAGCUGUACCUUCAGCAUUUAUUUUCAGAUUUUUUUUAACAAGUAUAGGGGUUGACCUCUUAUUCUACAGGAGAUACCGUUCUCGUUUUAUUAUUCCCUAGAUGAUUUUUCUUGGUGCAUGUGUGUUUGAAUUUGCAGUCAGACUCUGAAGCCAGCUAGACACUGUUUGUGUAUCCCAAGCCCUUCUGACUUCCAUUGAAGUGAGUACAGCAAUUAGGUCUUCAAAAAUUCAGAUUUACGUGAUCCUUAUGUAUUCAAAUCUCUCUCAUGUUGUUUAAUUCUCUUCUGUGCUGUUUUGAAUUGAUAAAAUACUUGAUUUGACAAGUGUGCAAAGUAUACUGCUUCUUAUGACAGUUGGAGUUGGUUGUUACACUUGACCCUGAAAUAGUGUCAUGCUUUGUGAACUCAUUAAUGAAAAACAUGUCUGAUCUAACUGUGAAAUAAUGAUUUCCAAAGCUGUUUUCAGCCCAUUUUACUUGCCAUUUUGUCUACCCUCACUUUUCUACAUGACUGCAUUAAAAAUGAAAACAGGAGAGCUGAGAUAGGGAAAUGUGCACUUCAAGUAAGUAUCUCACCAAAAAUAAUUUCCUUGCUAAUUUUUUUUAGAGAUUAUAUUUGAGCAACGUUUGCCAUACAAAAUAGUUUUGUAUUUUAGAUGUGCUAGAGUGCAAUGGGAAGGUUGGUUGAAGAACUGUCAUAUCAAAUUCAAUGCAUAGUGAAAAAGCAAAAGCAGUGAAGCAGGUAGUUCGGCUAGCAAGAAAUGUUGAUUUCACUGCCCUUAUCAGUGAACAAUUGGAAAGCAGAGACAGUAUCUGAGGAAUAUUACAGAAUGGAUUGCCAAUAGCUUCGGAGUAGGUGGCAUAAAUUCACUGCUGAGUAGUAUGUUGUAACCUAAGGGUAAAACAGAGGCGAUCUGGAUAAGAAACUAAUUUGGCUUUCCUUUAGCUACAGUUAAAGGAAUUCAGUAUCAUCUCCAGCCCUCCUGGAGCUGUGUAAAAUGAGAAAAGUAUACAAACAGGCCUCACAGCGCAUAGAGGUACUGCCCUACAGGAGUUGCUUUCUAUUAAAUAACUGCAAGACUUCAUGUACAUUGUGCUCAAGACAGACUCUUAAGAAAGCGGUUAUAAUUGAGCAUGAACCCAUUAAUGGCAGUGGUUUUAUGUACAUGUAGUAUGUGCUUUAAAAAUGCAGUUGGAAUUCCUAGGGCUGGCGAAGAAUAAGAAGGAAGCAUAGAGCUCCAUGCAGUAAGGAAGAGCUAGUCCACCAGACCUGCAGAACUAAUAUGGGGGAGAAAUUGAAAGGUGUUUCCAGCUAGAAAAGGUUUUGAUCGGUUAUCUCUGAGCCAAAACACAACCUUGAAUCCAUAACCACCUAGUUUUUGCCCAUUUUUUUUUUUGCUUAUGCCAGUAAUAACCUUUGUGUUACUGUAAAAAUUUUAGAGGUUUGUAAAUAUGUAAAAUUAAGAUAAAAUAUGGAAUAUUUGUGUACCAAAAUGGUAUAAAAUGUGUAAGAUAAAUGCUCUGUUUAAUGAGAAGCUGUAAAUUAAAUGCUGCUUUGAAAAAGUGUGCAUGGGGACGUGUUAAAUAUUCUGUCUAGAAAUUGUGUUAAUGAUAGCAAAUUGUCCAUUAUGUUGGAAAAUGUCAUCCUAGUAUGGAAUAUGAAGCAAAACUAGUAUUUCAAGCAAAAGUUGAGUACUGGGUUUCUUGAAGACUUCAUGUGCAUAAGCAUUGUUAAAUACUCAGAAUAAAGUUUUAUAUCUUUA